CUAAAUACACUACCACGAAUCUUAUCUCAAGUGUCAUUGAGAAUGACUUUCAUAUAGUAUUCUUUUUCACAUCAAGCUGAAAAACACAUUUCAUUUAACGAUGAUUGUGAGGCCUGUGAUAAAAGUAAUUAUGAUAUUAGAAAUUAUCAACACUUUAAAUGCAACUUUAAAUCUUACUGUAGUAAUGAACAAAUAUUUAAUUGGGAAUAUGGACAUAUUUAAAGAUAUUCUUCAGGAACAAUUACUUUUUGAAAAAAGAAUAGGAAAUGACUCUGAAAGUGUUAAUUCGCUUAAAGAUCCGAUGGUUCAAAUAUCGGAUAUUUUCAAAACGAAUACUCGGGACAAAGUAAAACGGCAGAAACGAUAUACCUAUAUUUCGGACAUGCCACAUAAUUCGGAUAUAACGGAUAUAUCGAAGCGUUGCUUGUGUCCCUGGGAAACAAAGUGGACCUUCGAUAGUAGAAGAACUCCGGUAUUUGUAGCAAAAGCUAUAUGUGGUAACAAGUGUAAUCUUAAUUUCACAAGCACACAACUGUCAUAUUUAUCGGAUGUGUUGACUUCGUGUGAACCUUUCACAAGAGAUAUUCGAAUUUUUAAAGAUAAUCGGGAAUCUUACCUUAGGAAUUGGCCAGUUGCGUGUUUAUGUGCCAACAAGCUGAGAUCUAUAAUUUCAAAACCAUGCAAGAAAAGAUCAAAGAAAUAUGGCAAAAUCAGCCAAAUAAGAUGCUCAGAUGUAAAGAAGAAAAAGUCAACGAAAGAUAAACAUAAAAAGCGGCGUAAACAGCGACGAUUGAAAAAACGGCGUAAGAAGCUUGCACGACAGAAAAAGAUCAAAAGGAAGCAAAAGACCUUGCGACCGUUCCCUCGUUUUCGUCACAGGAUAUUUUGAUGCAUAAUGCGUUUGGAAAAUAAAGAACUCAGGGUUGGUCUGUGUCUGAGCGUGAUUCUUUUGCUUGAAGAUGAAAAGUUUCACUGUUAAAUCAUGAUAUAGUAAAGGGCGAGGGCAAAUUUAACGACUUACGAUUUUGAUCAUGCAGAUUCAACGAUUUACGGCGCGGGUUGCGUUUCUUUUACAAAAGAUAAAGGAUAAUGCUUAUGCAUCACGUUUCAUUAUGACUAUGAAAACACAUGGCAGCUUUUUUGUAUGCAACGUGUAUAGGAAAAAAUAUGAUUAAGUUAAUUUUAGAAUUAUGUUACUUAAAUUUUAAAUGAUUCAAAGGACGUUUUCAUGCAUGCAUGAAUAUUAAUUUGAGUUUGUCCAAAGAUUUAAAAAAAUGUAAAGACUUAAUAUGCUGUCAAAAUCUUCAUCAAACUUUAAGACAUUACAUUCCGGAUAUUUUCCAAGUAUAAAGGAUUGAAAAUUUAUAUCGUCUAAGGAAACUUUUAAUACAUCCUGCUGCUAUCUUCAUAUCAUUACAUUAAGGACCUGUUCAUGGAACGCUUUAUCAAACCGUUAAUAGGAAAUGAUAUUUAAUUUAUGAAUAAAGUAUUACAAUAACAUUUUGAGUUCAACAAAUGAGCGAUUUAUAUUUCUAAAUUAAUGUAAAUUUAGAAUAGCUUUAUUAUUAGUAAGCGAGUACAAAUAGCGUAUAAAUGUAAUCUAAUGUGCCGGUAUCAGAAUAAAGUAUUUGUGGCGACAUGUUGAAGUUAUUUUUG